AGAGGGGGGAGGGAAGAGGAGAGAGAGAGCCCAAAAUCAAACGAAAAGGGGUUUUGCAAAGAUCCAGAAAUUUAAUCGUUGCUCUGAUAAGUAAAGAUCCGAUCUUGGGUAGGUCAGGCGAUAUAACUCUGAUUGCAUAGAAAUAUGGCGACGCCUUCUGCAGCAUCAGGAAAUGUACAAUCGCUGCUGCAAUACGUCUCGGUGAUAACAUUAAUGGCUUCCAUUUUGACGGCGUCAUACUUCACCAGCGUGGAAGCAAAGCCCAAAUCAUCAACUGCUUUUGUGAAGAAGACCGUUUCCUCUCAUUCCAUAGUUAUCUUCUCCAAAUCUUACUGCCCAUAUUGUAGAAGGGCUAAAGCAGUCUUCAAGGAGCUGAAGCAGGAGCCAUAUGUUGUUGAACUUGACGAGAGAGAUGAUGGUGGAAAAAUUCAAGAUGCUUUGAGUAAGAUUGUUGGGAGGCGAACUGUACCCCAGGUUUUUAUAAACGGGAAGCAUCUUGGAGGCUCUGAUGGUAAUUUGUUUCUCUUCCGUGUUCAAUUUCUUCCUCAUGGAGCUAGAUUAACAGCCGCUUCUUCUGUAACAAAGAACAUGUGAAUUGGUUGCAGAUACAGUCGAAGCAUACGAAAAUGGAGAACUCGCAAAACUUCUAGGCAUCGGUAGUGUGGAUGAGGAAGAACUUUGAAACAGCAAUCCAUCCAUUUGUACUUUUGCCAAACCCUAUUAAAACAUGAAUUAGCAGGUAAACAUUCGGUUUGCAACGAGUUUAUUGCUACUUAUCCUGCUCUUGCCUGACAUUUGUUUAUACUACACUUCAUGUAGGAAUGUUAAAAUGUUGUAUUGGUUCCUUCCAAGUUACCCAGUGUGAACUAGGUUUUGAUCUA